UAACACACACACCGAGCUGCUAACACGGAGGCAAGGGAAAAGUAGGAGGGGCUGGCACAGCGGAGAGCGGUGAGAUCAGAUGCCAGCGGCUCAGGGAGUCAUUCCCCAGCUCCCAGGAAUAUAAAAGUCCGGCUCAUUCAUCACCCUGCCCUGGGACGCUCUGGACCACAGCUGGCCUGGCAGGGAGGAGCAACCUAGGAAGUGAACUGCUGAGGACCCCGCUGCCGCCUCCCGCAAAGAGGGUUUGGACACACCAUAUAAACACCUGCAGCUACAGCAGUACAUCUCCUCGAUCUCCAAACUAAACAGUCCACAGAGAAAAAGGUUUCCAGUGAACGGUGAGUAACUGAGCCAAGGAAGCUCCUCCAGCUCUAAUCCACCAGGCAAGACAAUUGUUUCCUUGGCAGGAGAUCCCACGGGAUCCCUACCCAUAAUGGAAGCGUGAGCGCGAGGCUCCUCCAUGACCUCCAGAAGCCACAACUCCUUGCCGCGAACUCUGAUGGCUCCUCGCAUGCUUUCUGAAGGGGCGCUGGGAGGCAUCUCCCAAAUCACCUCCUCUCUGUACCUGAGCAGGGGCAGCGUUGCCUCCAACCGACAUCUGCUUUUGGCUCGAGGCAUCACCUGCAUCAUCAAUGCCACCAUCGAGAUCCCCAACUUUAAUUGGCCCCAGUUCGAAUAUGUCAAAGUGCCUCUGGCCGACAUGCCUCAAGCCCCCAUCUCCCUGUACUUCGACAGCGUGGCCGACAAAAUCCACAGUGUGGCACGGAAGCACGGUGCCACCUUAGUCCACUGCGCUGCAGGGGUGAGCAGGUCAGCCACCCUGUGCAUCGCCUACCUGAUGAAGUACCACAACGUGUCCCUGUUUGACGCUUACAACUGGGUCAAAUCGAGACGUCCUGUUAUACGUCCCAAUGUGGGCUUCUGGAGGCAGCUGAUAGACUACGAGCGGAAGCUCUUUGGGAAGACCACGGUUAAAAUGGUACAGACGCCAUACGGCAUCAUCCCAGACGUUUACGAGAGGGAGAGGGGACCUCUGGUGCCUUACUGGGGUAUUUAACGUGACUGCAUCCAUGGGAAGAGCAGAAGGGACUCGUCCCGAGUCGACCAGACUAGAGACAAUCCCUUCUUUCUACCGCCAACUUCAGUUCUUCACCACAGGGCAGAACCUUAAUUAAUUCACACCUCACUAACCUGAAAAGCCAACAAUUUCCCCUACUUGUCUUCAAAGCAUACAUAAGCAAGUAGGCCUCAUUCUACCUUCCAGAGAGUGAGGUCUCCUUACUAGCACUGAUUCCCAUCACAAAGCACCUCUUCCACCCCUCCAUCCACCCCCACCCAGUCAGUUUACUAGCAUACUACAAGCAAAGAGCUAAAAGGCAUUUGGCAGAGUUAAUGAACAAAAGUACACUUUGUGAUGCGGUAGCCUGGAUAUUUCUUUAAUAGCUUGUUUGCUUCCUCGCGAAAUCCUGUAGCUGAUAAGGAGCAGCACUAGCACAAAAUGAAUAAGGUCCUACUCUAACUCAGCGGGUUUUUUAAGAGCCAGAGAGAGGAGUGCAGAAAUUUUUGCUAGCGCUGUUAUUUUCUUUAACUACUGUAGUGACUUAUAAUAUUAUAUAGUGUUUAGGAAAUCUUUAGCCAGCAUUUACUCCUCAUAAAGUUAAGUCAAUCCAAGUCUGCCACAAACAACAGAAUCCAAAAUGAUUAAAAUAAUUGCAGUAUGUUCCGCAGCAGAGUAACAGUCCCUGAAAGCACUUGUCCACCUGGAUAAAUGCAUAUAUGAGUACGUGUUUGCAGGAUGGGGGAAACAUAGCAGAGCUCACUUCAAAGCGUAGCUCAGUACAGAAGUGAUGGGUUAACCUUUCCCACACCAAAUGGCCAAAUGAAUGCUUAGGAAGUUUUGUGCAUGCAGCUACCCUCGCAAAAGGGUUGAGCUGUAGUGUUUCAUUACCCAACCAGUAAAUUGGAAGUAGGGAAAUCUGCUGGAUCACUUAGCUCCAAGUACAGCUGCAAUCUGCCUCAGAUCUUUUCAAGUUCACUUUGUUAUGGCCUCAAGGAUUAUGUUGCAUUCUAGAAUUAUCCUGCUCAAGACACACUGAUCUAGUAAACCUGCAGUACAAAGAUGGCUCUAUGGAAAAGGCUUCGGUUUCUUUUUUUUGCUUACAAUGAGAAAAGGAGCGACUCCAACCUGAAAAGCAGUAGAUGUUGUUCAACGAUCAGACAGCCGAGUCAUGAAUGUCAUCCACACACUUGCACAUGGGCAGAUAUUGAUAUCACUAAUGCAGAACUGGAACCCCAGGACAACCAAACCAAGUAACUUGUUCAACAAAGCUGUUUGUCUCCUUUCCUGCAUCUCCAAAAGAGGAAGACACAGAUUGCUGGAUGCUGAGAGAUAAACAUUGGAUUUAAAAUGAGAGACUAUACUUGUAAAAAUUCUCAAUAAAGAUUAUAAACAAGA